AUGACCACAACUGCUCCAUUUUCAUCAAAUGAAAAUGAACCAUCAUCAUCAAGUGUUUCAUUUAUUCAAUCACAAAAAGGAAAAUCAAUGCUGGUAUUAAAUAACUAUAUUUUCAAAUUGAACAAAACCACAACAAGUACAAAAUACUGGAUAUGUACAUUUGAAGAAUGUUUAGUUAAAGUUCAUACAAAUACGAACGACAAAUUGAUAAAAAUGGUUGGUGAACAUUGUCACCUUCAAGAAUCAGAAAAAAUUGAUAUACAUGCAUUUCGAGAAAAAGUCAAACAACGAGUGAUAGAUGAAACAAUACCAAUUCCACGUAUUUAUGAUGAAGAAUGUGCUAAAACAACAUUAUCAACUGCAGUAAUAGCAGUAUUAUCAAGUGAGCGUGAAAUAAAUAGUGCAUUUAACAAAGCUUAUCGUGCUGUAACACCAACAAUUCCAACAACACAACUAUUUGAUAUACCUGAUCCAUUUUCAAACACAUUAAGAAAUGAUAAUUUUAUAGUUCUAGACUAA